AUGGUAAAGUACGACGGUCGGAAGGUCACCGAGUCGGAUACGAAUUUUAUUAAACAGGCAACGAGCACGGCAUCGACCCUCUUCACCAUCCUCUUUGCAGCGGUGCUGGGCUCGACACUCAAACGCUUUGCGACGUGGCGAUUAGAGAACGGCAUAAAGCUCGGUCUUCUCGAGCAAAUCAUGCAGAGUCGCACUUUCUUUACUGCUCUGACCACUCAGUUGUCAUUCCGGGCAUUCAAUCUCAUGGCCUUGGUCUUACUAACAAGCUGGGUCUUUUCUCCCCUGGGCUCCCAGGCAUCGCUGCGAUUGGUGUCGGUAGGCAGAGAUUUUACCGCAGAUUCUCACUUGGUCAGCUACGUCAACACCGUUACCAAUCAAGUCUUUGCUUCCGUUUCUGGCGUUGAUUCAUUGCUGACGGCCCUAAAACCGAGUUAUAUAAGCUCAGUCUUGGGUCCUACCACGAUGAAGAAUGGGACGAUGGACCUGUUUGGCAACGUUAAGAUCCCAUGGCUGGUGGAACGUCCGGAGAACGAUGCCAAUGGCUGGGUGGCCCUUUCGCAGUCGAAUUUAACCGAGAGCUCGUUUUCCUCGCUCGUUGGAGUGCCUAUUGCUUUGCUCGCCAACCGAAACUCCAGCUUCGUGAUAGAGACGACGUACAUGAAUCUAGACUGCAACAAGCCAAGAAAUGAGACGGAGAUCAACAUCAACGUCAACUUAACGACUAUAGUCAACGGCACCUUCUCUGGACCCAACACCACCGUCGAUGCGGCCGCCUUCGCCAUCUAUCCAUCUUGGCAGGUAGCCAUGAACCAGUUCGUGUCGGAUGAUUACUUCUACGGCUACCCUGAGCAGCUGGUCAAUGUCUCGGAUGCCAGUAUUCCGCAAGGCACCUUUCUCUUUCAGACUCGGGGUCCCUGGGUGGCUCGGUGCGCCAUUCACCAGAUCUAUGUCGAAUCAAAUGUGUCUUGUCAGCCAGUGACUGAUUCUCAUCAGCCUUUCUGCUCAGUGCAGGCACAAAGGAGGUCGCCUAAAAAACAUGCGCCGUCAACAGUUACGACGCUCAGUUUUCCUUCCACGUUCACCUACCUCACCAAGGAAUGGAUCCUGGCAACUGAUCCCUUGCUAAGCUCGGGCUACUCCUCGCUGAGCGAGUAUUACCUCCAGAAUACGACUUCUGCCUUCAUUUUAAGUGGUAACGGCCGCGAAUACGCCGACUAUUCCAAUGUGACUGCACAACAAUUCUCACAGAGGCUCGGCCAGUUACUCAAUACUUGGGUUCUGGCAAGUCAAACGUGUGCCGACACCAUGGAAUAUCCUCUGGACCAUCAGAACACCACAGCGUUCUAUACCGACGGGUUUGACAUUUAUGUCGUCUCCUGGGGCUGGGUUGGCGCGUACUGCGCGGCGAUAGGGGUCAUGGUGCUGGCGGCGUGCUGCACCAUCUGGUGCGCUUUCCGCACCACGAUUCCCGAUGUUCUAUCAUACUGCUCUUCCCUCACAAGGGAUUCCAAAUUCUUCGAAUUCGCGAAGGGUGGCAGUACGCUGGAUGGCGUCGUACGCGCCAGGAUGCUGCAAAAUGUGGAGGUGAAGCUAGGCGAAGUGGUUGACCAGCGAGCAACCACGAAUGACCAAUUUCGUAAUGGCUUUGUGAAUGAUGUGAAUCCCGGAGCGAAUGAGCGGGUUUCGUAUCUUGCUCUUGCACCACGGGAGUACGUGCGAAGUCCGAGUCGAGGGAUGUUAUAUGCAUGA